AUGCGGCAUAACCCUGCCGUUCCCCUGAUCGGCUGCCUUAACGUGCAGGUUGGCGUCUGUUGGUUAACCCAAUUGGGAUUGACGGCUGGGAUCAUGCUAGGAUGGGGCGGUCUUCCUUCGCUGCUCCGUUAUCGCGAGCACUGGAGUAGCGAACCAACGGCUAGUUCAAAUCGCGUCAGAUCACCUAUGGAAAACAUGAUUGUAGAUCACGAUAUCACGAGGAAAGAAUACGGGUUGCUGACUCUCAUCAUUUCGAAACGAAGACCGCACACCGGCAAACCUGUCGAUGAACCCCAAGACGGUCACUUUGCGGGCAUUACCCGCGAGUUCCUUUUUAUCGUGGAUCCUGAAAUUUCGCGACAAUUUAACCUUCCACACUUUCCACGUGCUGAAGUAGCUUUGUUCGUUCCUCCACUGUCUUGA